AUGUCGCUGGAUGUUAAGCCGCUUGGGUUUCUCAUUUUCCAACUUUCGGACUCGAUAUCAAGAACGACGUCUUCAAUGUUUGCACCAAUAUCGAUCUCACCAUCCCAGGCUUUGAAACUUGAGAUUAUGAUGAAACAACAAGUGCAGGACGCAGUCCUCGCCCGAACGGCCCAGCUCGCACUGGACAACAAACUCGACUCGAAUUGGCGCUUCGUUGGUUCUCUCGGUCAGCUCAAGACAUUUAAACAUCGGGGUGCCGAUUCUUGUAGCUCAUCUUCUAGCUGGGCUACGACGUUGGAGAGGACUAGUGAUGACAACGAUCCGGUCAAUUCUAGCCAAACUUGGACCAGGAGUCAAAGCAUUUCUUAUAUUCGCCAGAGAAGAGUGUCCUUUUCUCGUCGGACCGUGAGUGCAAGCACUACCUGUCGUGACCCACUUAACCUGCAUCGACCAGUCCAGUCCUUUCGCACCUUUGGUCGCAUUCAAGGGAAUUACCGCGACAUUGUCGGUGUCCACUACGCAACGAAUUCAGUUGACUUUGUCCGACAGCAGAAACUCCUCUCGCCGAUUGCAAUUGACGGUGCUGUCCUACACACAAUUCGCGCGACCAAAGACAGCUACUUGGGUAUCAAGUGGCUGGCUGAACAAUCCGUUGCAGGUAAGCGCGAUGUUUGCUUCGUCGAGAUGGUGGGCUACACGAUCGACACCAAUGGACAAGAGAUCGGCUUUGUAGCGCUAGCCUCAGUGGAUGUACCAGAGUGCCCCGAGCUUGCAAGACCACCAAUGAAGCUAACACGUGUGCGCAUGAAGCGCACAAUGCUAGUCAUCCCCACAGCAGGUGCACUGAAAUCGACCUCAGAUGUAUUCGUUAUGAGUGCCAGCGAGGCGAAUGAGUCGUCCAUCGCUGCUCUCGCUCAGUGCCGACUAAACAUGGCCAUCCUUAAUGAUCUGUCGUUGGUAAUCGACUCCCAGAAUAUCGCACGGCAGAAGCUAGCUCUCCAAAAGAACUGGGUUCCGGACGAAAAGCGUGCUUCAUGCAGCAUUUGCAGUCGUAGAUUCCGUUUCAUGCUCCGGCGACGACACCACUGUCGGUUGUGCGGGGAUAUCGUUUGCAAGACUUGUUACGUCUACCGCGCCGUAUCGGACGCAGAUAUGGAAGAUGGAUACAAUUGCAAGUCUGCAAACACAACAGUCAUCUGCCAGACAAAGUUUUGCGUACGAUGCGUCAUGGGUCUUCGGGUAAUGGACAAGCGAAGUGACCAUAUUACCCAGCAAAUACCCAAGGCGAUGUCACUUGAAAAGGACACAUUAGACAUGUCAUGUAGCAGUCUCGACUGGCACCCAACUUCAAAUGUACGCGACUCUGCCGUCACGUACUUUAAGCGCGGUACCAACGAGAAACACACGUUGGAUCUAGAUCAGCUCUACACGAUGUCAGCUUUGCAAAAGAUCAGCCCUCAUAUGGACACCAAUGACGAAAUUGGUGGCACCAACACUCAAGCUGUAGUCCCACGGGGGCUGAUUUCGUACGGGUCUGGUGGGCCCAAGUGUCUCCGACCGUCACUAUCCGUGAAUCCUGUUCAUUCCAACUCGUACAGCAAGCUUUGCGAACUGAGCCGCCACAGAUCCACCGCGAGUCUUGGCAGUAAGUCUGCAAGCUUUACACGAAGAAGGCAUCAACAAUGA